CACCGUAAUUCCAUCGGAUUUAAAUAUGAAAACUUGAUUCUUACAAUAAUAAUAAUAAUAAUCCUAAUUUGUUAUAACAAUAUAUACAUGUAAUUAAUUGAAAUGUUGGAAUAAUCUAAUAAAAUAUUUGUUAUAUAUACGACGUGUAUUAUCGACUCAACAUCCGGUGCAAUAAUGUGGUCUUCUUAUUUGUAAUAACAGUGUAUUGUAUAAAUUUAUAUUUUAUAUUUAUACGAAACUUUUUUUAUUUUAAAUAAAUAAUCACGAAUACAAAAGUGAUCUGACCAAUCUGUGAUAUACAUAUUUUUUUUUUUCUUAACCGUAAUGAGAUUUUUUAUGGAAUCCCUUUUUUGUAAAUAUAUAACCUAAAAAUAAAUAUAAACAAUGAAAAAUGUUGCAAACACUUCGGGAACGUUCACAAAAAAGGAAAAAACUACUUGCACAGACGCUUGGAGUUUCUAGUGUAGAUGAAUUAAGACAAAUUUUGGGUACUGACAUCGACGAUGUUCAGAAAAAAAAGGGUAAACUAUUGUCUGAUAAAUCAGAAAGCACUGUCAAAGAUUUAAAAGAUGAUACGGUGCCUGCAGAUGAAAUUGUUUACAAGGAUUCAUCUACGUUUCUAAAAGGGACACAAUCAUCCAAUCCACAUAAUGAUUAUUGUCAACAUUUUAUUGACACUGGUCAAAGACCGCAAAACUUUAUAAGAGAUGUAGGAUUAGCGGAUAGAUUUGAGGAAUAUCCCAAACUGAGAGAACUAAUCAAGCUAAAGGAUGAUCUAAUCGCAGACACUGCUACUCCUCCGAUGUAUCUCAAAACUGAUCUCCUUACUUACAAUUUAAAAGAACUCAAUUGUAAAUUUGAUGUUAUUCUUAUAGAACCGCCAUUGGAAGAGUACCAAAGAACGUGCGGUGCAACAAACGUACAGUUGUGGAACUGGGAUCAAAUAAUGGAAUUAGACAUCGGUGAAGUAGCCGCUAAUCGAAGUUUUGUAUUUUUAUGGUGUGGAAGUAGCGAUGGUCUAGAUAUGGGACGUUUCUGUCUCCGCAAAUGGGGUUUCAGACGUUGCGAAGACAUUUGUUGGAUUCGUACAAAUAUUAAUAAUCCAGGACACAGUAAGAACUUAGAUAGUAAAGCUGUGCUUCAAAGAACUAAAGAGCAUUGUUUAAUGGGUAUUAAGGGAACAGUGAGAAGAUCUACAGAUGGAGAUUUUAUUCAUGCAAACGUUGACAUCGACUUGAUCAUAUCGGAAGAACCUGAAUAUGGAUCCAUUGAAAAACCAGUCGAAAUAUUUCAUAUAAUCGAACAUUUUUGUCUUGGUAGACGAAGAUUACAUUUAUUUGGCCGUGACAGCACAAUUAGACCAGGUUGGCUCACUGUUGGACCAGAAUUAACAAAUACAAAUUUUAAUGCCGAUCUCUAUACUGGUUAUUUUUCUAAUGGCCAAAUAACCACAGGAUGCACAGAACGAAUAGAGGCUCUUAGACCAAAAUCCCCACCACCUAAAGGCAAGGUUUCUGGUCGAGGUAGAGGUGGUUUUAAUCGUGGUAGGGGAAGAGGAAGAUGAAUAAAUGUGUAAAACUUUUUUUGACAAACUACAAUAACUCAAUUUGUAGUUUCUGAUAUAAGAAAUUGUACCUAACUUGAAUGUGAUUUGUAAAUUGUAUAUGAAGUAUUCAUUCGUAAUACUUACACGUGCAUUUUAACUAAUAUUAUCUUAUAAAUGAUCGUAGCUCUUGCUAAAACAAAUUUUUGCAAGGCAAACAAUACAAUAUUAAUAUCUACUUUCCACUUUUUCUUAAGUAUACACUCUAUAAGCUAAGGAAAAAAAAAUCUUUUCCUCCAUCUUAUAACUUUGAUUAACAUUAUAUUUAGGAAAAUUAGAAAAUCAUGUUAAAAGAUUACAAACUCUCGUUGUUACAAAAUAUUUAGAUGGUAUGUUUUAUGUGUAUUUACAUUAAAUGAAAAUAUUUUAUAAGUAAUAAUAAUGUAAUUAUAUAGGAAUUACGAGAUAAUAUUUUCUUUCAAUUUGAUGAAUUUAUUUAAUAAUCACGAAUAAAAUUUUUACACGGGAAUAUAUUUAAUCUGGGAUCAUUCCACUGUGAAGUCUGAUUUUUCAAGAAAGAAAAAAAAAAUUUAAGAGAGACUUCUUUUUAUACACGUAAUUUUAACGCAAUAUUAGAAGUGUGAAUUUUUGUACUGUGUGAUAAUAUUAACGAACGUAAUAAAUAUCAUAGAUUAGUUUUAAAGUAAGGUUUUUUAAGAUAUAAAUAAAAUCAAUCUCACGAUGAAAGAUUUCAAACAUUAAUCUUUAUGUUAUAAAAAUAAAAGAUCGUCUUGAAGUAUUAUUGCUUCCUUUCUUGCACAAAUAAUAACCAUUAAUUGUUGGUACAUUGGUGAAACAAUAGCAUCAUAGCUGAUAAUCAUAAUGAUAUAAAGAAUCGCAAUAUUCCUUUAUAUAAUAUUGUAUUAUGUAUUAUAUAUAAUUAUUGAAAUAUAUUUAAACAUCAUUUAAAGGUAUAUGUAAA